AUGACAAAAUCAUUACAAUUUGAGAAGCAAAAAACACAUGAAGCAUUCUGGACAUUUUCAAAUAAUUGGGGCUUUCCAUUUCAUGAAGUAACACAACAAGGAUUUAAGAAACUGCUAUUACCAGGACAAACAUUAGGACUAAAUGUAAAAGGUACUGAGAGACCAAACGGUGCUUUGCAAAACCUUGGGCCUAUUGGUUUUGGUGCUGGUGUUGCUGUUGGUACUCCAGUCGAUCCAGUUAGCAUUUUUUCCAAGGUAGGAGUCGAUUUCGGUAAAACCGGUCUCGCAGGAUACGUACCUUUCGGUUUCACAAAUCAAGGAGAACAUCGAAGUUUGAAUGACUACGAUGGCAACAAACUAGACAUAGUACCCGACCGCAAUUCUAAACAUGCUAAUGGCAUACCUAGUAAAUAUACCUCAAAAACCACUGAGGUACUCACAAAUACAUGA